ACCCCUCUCCGCCUCCGCCUCCGCCGCGCUAGGGUUUUGUCUCCACCUAACCACACUCACAGCCGCCUCCGCCUCCGCCGCAUUUCGGCCGCGCUCUCGCCAAAAUCGCCUCCCCGCAUCACCUGUUCCUUCUUCCUCCCUGCUGCGCCCUCUCAUCAUCAUGCUCUGCCUCGGGAGCGGCGGCGGAGACCGGAGCCAGGCGUACGGCGGCGGGCGGGGGGCGCCGACGGGAGGACGCCGAGGCGGGCGGAAGCGCACCGCCUUCGUGUGGCCGUCGGCAUCACCGUGGCCUCACACGGGCGCGGACCAGCAUGGGGUCGUCUUCCCCUGGCCCACGCCGAUUUGGCCGCCCCUGGCGCACCCCUGCGGGCCUGCUCCGGGCGCAUUCCCCGCGUCCUCACCGGCCCGCCCACCCCCCGCUUCCGCUCCACCAACUCCGGUGCCGUCGUCCGCGACUAUCGGUAAGGAGCUCGAGGAGAGACCGUUCCCCUUCGUCUUGCCUGCGGCGGAGAAGGCGCCCGCGGUCGCGCCGGUUUCCAGGAAGCAGCUCGCCCGACCUGCCCGUCUCGGGGCCGGGACCGUCGCGAUGAUCCGCCCGAAUCGCAGGCGCCGGGCGGGAGGGCGCGGCGCGCCCACCGGCUUCCCUCCGGGCCCGUCGGCACCGCCAUGGCCUCACGAGGGCGUGUACCAGCACGGCAUCGUCUUACCCGGGACCGCCGCGACGAUGCGCGCGAACCACCGGCGCCGGGCGAGAGGACGCGGAGGUGGCCGCGUGCCCACCGACUUCCUGUGGCCGCCUCCAGGCGAGUCGGCACCGCCGUGGACACACGAGGGCGCGUGCCAGCAUGGUGUCGUCUUCACCGGGCCCGCGCUGACUCCGUCGGCCCGGGCGUACGCCUACGCGCCCUCUUCUACGCCCUCGCCAGCGGUCGCGUCGUCGCAGGCGGGCCUGCCCGCGGCGGAGAAGACGCCCAAGGUUGACACCGCGCUGGUCUCCAAGAAGGGCCCUGCCCACCUCUCGCGUCCCGGGGCCAGGAACGUCGGCGCGAACCGCUUGCUCAUCAACGUCGGCUACAACAUGUUACCCUGCUAUGCCCCAUGGCCCAAGAUCACUCAAGCAGAUGUCAGGAAAUAUAUGAUUGUGUUUAUUAAGGUCGACAGAGAUGGAGAUGGGAAGAUUACUCCUGAAGAGGCAAGGAAUUUGUUUUUAAGUUGGCGGUUGCCAAGAGAGAUCUUAAGGAAGGUGUGGGAUUUAUCCGACCAGGAUAAGGAUGGGAUGCUGUCCUUCAAGGAAUUUUGUUUUGCUGUGUACUUAAUGGAGAGGUUCCGAGAGCAGCGACCACUUCCUGAUGUAUUACCAGAUGGUAUUUGGGCGGAGGGAAUUUCACUACCCUCUACUGGCCAGUUUGCAGAAAACCCUAGUGGCCUGGCUCCCCAUCCAAGUGCUGGGGUUACAAGUAGAGCAAUGCAAGGACCACAUCCUGGAAUGCCUCCUUCAUCUGUGAAGCAACAACAUCGAAGGCCUCUUCAUUUUGAUGAUGAUACUAUGCAAACUGAACCACAAAAACCUAAGGUCCCAGCAUUGGAGAAACAUUUGGUUGGCCAGCUUAGCAAAGAGGAAGGAAAUGCACUUGAAGCGAAGUUCAAGGAAGCUUCAGAUGCCGAUAAAAAGGUUCAAGAGUUGGAAAAGGAAAUACUGGAUUCCUGGGAUAAGACUGAUUACCAUCGCACCAAGAUGCAGGAGCUUAUUCUCUACAAGAGUAGGUGUGAUAACAGGUUUAAUGAAGUCUCAGAAAGUAUGUCUGCUGAUAAGCGUGAGGUUUCUAUUAACAGAGAAUCAAAAUCAAGGCCUGUAGACAUGCAAGAGUUUCAGUCCAUUACCAACAAUCAUUGCUAUACCAGCCAGCCUGUUAGAGAGGUGUCAAUGUCGUCAUCCUCACCAUCCUCUAGCAGGAUGAUUGGGAUCUCAAAAAUUCAGGUUAUUGUAUAUAUUGGCAACUUUAGCCCGUUCCCGAUGCAAUUUGAAGACAAUUCUACAAUUGAGCACAUUGUGUGUGCAGCUUUUCAAAAACAAAAUAUCAACAAAUUUGAUGCAAUCAUCCGAGUGAAUAGCCGCAAUGCUUAUCUUCAGGAUACAUUGUCUUAUUUGAACAUUAAUAACGACAAAGAGUGUAGUCUCUAUAUCGGUCCUCGGCUACGGGGAGGUCAACCUCCUUCAAGCUCUAAAUGCCCUGUCCCUCCAAGUACUGAGUUAUUCAUCAAAUAUUUAUCAAGGCUUGGGGAUGAACUAUUCGACGUGGUACUUCUUCCAUCAGAUCCAGACAUAGACUUUGUCGGUAUGGUUCCAUAUUUUGUUUCUCUGGGAUUACAAGGUAUUGAGAUAGCUAAAAUGCUUUUUGAGCUUCUUGAAAGUUACCAUGAGAGACAGAAGUGUGUUUCACGUUUCAUCUUGGCAAACCGUGAUUAUGAUAGUACCUCCAAAAAAUUACUGUUUAGAGGCGGUGUACGAAUAGUGGAUUUUGAUCACAAUAACUACUGCGAGAAUAUGUUUGAUGCUGGCACGGUUUUAUCUGAAAUAUUCCGGUUCGAUGAGUUGAAGCUCCUGGCCGGUUAUUCUGGAAUACGGAUACCACCUGGGACUGCUAACAAUAAUGGCAAGAUCCCCAAGCUUGUACAGCUUUUGAUUCAUGACCUGCAAACUGGAAUAAGAGUAUUCCCUGGUGCUGGCAUGAGCAAGCGUGCAAGGGCUUAUUUCCGCUGCCAUGUCGGUGUGAUGACCCCGGCUGCACGCCUAGCCUUUUGGUUAACAUCGGAGUUACACUUUGAAUAUAUGGGCGGUGAGCAAGUUCUGGAUGGUUUUAUCGGUGAACUCCGUGUACCUGAUUGGUCAACAUAUGCAAUCCGUUCACCUGCAAUGAUGACAGUAUAUCUUUGGCGGAAUUACAACACCUCCUCCAUGGGAUGCCAAUUGUCCUGUUCGCGUAAUUUUUUAAGUCAUGCUCGAGAAAAUUUAGGUGCCCUGAUGUCAGAAAAACAGGCUGAGGCGUACCUGAACAUUGUGUUUGAGUGGCUGUUGUACUACCUGCUGUUGAAGUCCUCGUUUCCAGGAGCGGUGAUCAAUUGGAACAAACGUCCUCUACCCCCGGCACUGCCGCCGCCGCCGCCACCUUAUCCUGUGCCUGCUGGUCCAGCUCCAAGGCAACUCAAGUUCUCCAACAACUUUACGUUUGACCAAUUGAUUGAUACGAGUGGAUACUUGGGUGACUGUUAGGAUUGAUCCUCAGAAAAUCUUCUUGGCAUAGCUGUUACAGUUUGUUGUGUUCUUCUACCCAAGUGGAUUGGAUUCAAACUUGUCCAGACUUUGUUACACUUGUCCAGUUUGUUGUCUAUCAUCUUGUAUCAUGUAAACGGCCAAAUGUUGCAGUCCUAAACAAACUUUGUAAUAUAAACUUGAAUAACCGGAGCCUUAUCUUGUGCGUUCAACAGUGUAUACAGUUGUGGUAAGUCUGAUGAUCUCUAGGAGUAACUGAUUCUGGUAAUUAAUUGAGCUAUUGCUUGAAUAACUGGAACCUGCGUCUUGGUUGCUCUAGCAGAGUGCUAUUACUUGCCUUUUCUGAAAGGACUAUGUGAACUUUGUAAUAAAACGUUGGGAGUAUAUUGUACGUGCUAUUACUUGCCUUUUCUGAAAGGACUAUGUGAACUUUUUAAUAAAACGUUGGGAGUAUAUUGUAGUA